UGACUUUGUGGUUGUCAUCCGGGUUGGUGCCGAGACAGAAAAAAAGCCAGGACAUCUGUCGGAUGGGAAUGGGUUGUUGGGAGCGAUGAGUGCAGACAAAAAGGAUGGACAGCAGCAGAAACAAAGUGGCGAUGUGCACUAAUGCAGCACAGUGGUCCGUGCGUCACCCACAACGUGAUAAUGGCGUCUAAUUUCGAACAGCACCACUUUCUCGUUUACCUCCUCAACCUCAAACCAAAGCCCAAACCUGCAGCAGAUCCAUUUUUCGAUGGCUAGAAUGCGGUCAAAGAAACGUCGUCUUUUGGGAUUUUUGAAGCCGUCCAACUCGAUGUCCGGCCUUGCCUCGUCCCCAAGGUGGUCUGAAACUCGUCCAGGCGAUUUCGCCUCCGUACCUCAAGCAUUGAGUGCGGCCUCACCGGGUAUGCUUGCUAGAGCGAAGCGCUUCUUCUAUCGAUCGGGUCAAGGUUCUUCAACCCCCAUCGCGACAGAAAUUGCCGACACAGGUACCAGUGGGAGAACUCACGAGCAACGGGAGCCGCCUGAGGCAGCUCUGAGUCAAUAUGGUGCCGUCGCAAGCACCAGUUUCGGGGCUCAAAAGCGACAAGAGCAAGCCCAGUCGGCUCCAACCAACGAUGCUGAAAAGUCAAUCGCCAAACCAGAUCCAGAACUCACGCCGGCAUCAGCUGGCAAGGAUGUUGAUACUGCAGUAAAAGAUUUUGAUGACCUUUGUCCUAUCUCGCGUACCGCUCAAGGUGCUGUCGAUGCCGUCGGUAUCGCUAAUACCACAUUCCCCGAGAUCCUGUACUUAAGUGAUACGUAUCUCAAAACCUUUCAAAGUUUUCAAUCAAGUCGUUUCCACUCUUGCCAAUUUCCACCCAUACGCACAGGCUGCGCUAGGAAUCUUAACCUCUGUCUUUGAGUUGCUCCUGAACCAAGUCAAUCUAGACAUGGCAGUGUCUGACCUCCUGAGUACCGUGCGAAGUGUCUACGAAUUUUUUAUGGAACACGAUAGGAUUAGCAACCUCGACAAGGAUACCCUUGC